AUGGGUGAGGUGCAGCGAUCCAAUUAUGCAGACCACAAAGUUAUGGCUCUCAGAAAUGCUGAUUGGCUCACAAUGGUGAUUGAUGGUAUGGACCAAGUGAAAACAAACAUAGCAAGAUUUUCCAAGGAAGACAAACACACCACAAGGUUGCCGAAGAUCAUCACCCAUAUCACUGGAGUCAUGGUGUAUACUGGCAAGGGUAUUCGAGAAUUCGCCUUUGUAGACAUGGGGCAAUUUCCACAUGAUUCAAAUCUGUGGUUUUUAAUUUCCACCCAGUUGGUCACACCCAUGAAGACAGAUCAGCUCUUCAGUUCCAUUAACAGUUACCUGAGGACCAGAGACACUUGCACAGUAGAUGGUGAGCUUCGAGAUUCAAAGCUUUCAGGGUUCAAAGAAUUCCUCCGAGAUAAGCAGAGGAUGCAUAAGGACUCUCUUCCAAUGCUUCUCAGCAGGGAUGCAUUCACUAUAUCACGCUCUCCCAUGAACAUGAAGAAUAGCGUCUACCAGAUGAUGAUCUCAUGGAGAUGGAAGGUGGAGCUUGCCUACACCCAGCUUUAAUCUUAUUUUUCUGGAAAAUGUGGAAGGUGGUGAACAUCGUGCAUCACAUCUCAUCUGAACUCACAACAUGUUGAAGAUUAUGGAACAUUUUGAACUUGUUUCAAGAUAUUGCAGUGUGACUC